CUUAUCUGGCGAGAAAGAUACCAACCUGACAAGAACUGCAUAGUUUCUGGUCAAAGCCUUCCAGUAAUAGUCCUCUUCAGACACUAACAUUUACUUCUGUAGAUCAGUCCAGUAGCCAAAUACCAGUACAAACCAUCUACCAAUCUGGGCCCCAAGCAGUUCUUCAACUGCCAGUACAAGCCAACUACCAAUCUUCAUCUCCAUCCAAAUGGCAGACACUUGUACAGGGCAGUUCUCAGUCAGAGGCUCAGCCUACUUCACAGCAGCAAGGACAAACCAGCAACCAGUCUGGGCCCUGGUUUGUUGUUCAACAACCAGCACAAAUAGUCUACCAGUCUGCUAGCCAGCCCACUGUGCCACACCUAGUAGAAACCAUCUACCAGUCUGCUUCCCAACAACCAGCACAAGCUAGCUACCAUUUGGUGGAACAGCCAGCACAGGUCAGCUCAUCUGUAGGCCAUCUUCAAGCUGGACAGUCCAGCUAUGAGUAUGUUGUCAACCAGAAUGGGCAAACCCUUUUCAAUCCAAUGCAGUCCCAUGGGAUUCAUCAGAUUGGCUCCAAACUGUAUUCAUGCCAUGAGCUACCACAGCACGGUUACAAGCGGAGACAUCACUCUCCAUCUUCACACCGUCUUCCAAACGCAGCUCAGGUUAUCAAGCCUGUUAUUUUGCCCAGUGACCCGAUUCCUGUGGAUGUCAACUUCCCUAGCCCCCUCACAUCUACUUUCAGACCAGCAGAUCUGCCUAGACAUCCUAGCUUGCAGUCUGUAGUGCUUCAAAGUGAACAGCCAGGUGUGCUUGAGGUCCAACCCAGUGGUUUGUCUCUUGCCAAGCCUGGACCAGUGAGUUAUACUUUAGUAUCUCAGCCCACUGGUCAUCCUUCAAGACCAUUGCAGCAGCCUAACUACAAGCCUCCAGCCAAGCUUUGGCAAGGUCUGUUUGGGCCCCUAGUCAAGCCCAACCAACUGGAGUAUUCCAUCUUUGAGGCACAAGUUCUUCCUAACCAGGUGUCUUCUGUUCCUGUACAGUUUGUUUCCCAGCCUCAAAUGCUCCCAGCUAGUCUGUCUAUCACUCAGUCCAGCUCUUCCUCGGCUGUGCCAGUGCAGUCCAGCAAUCAACCUAAAGUAGUGUCAAGUUAUGAGACUGUCUUCCAGCCUGUAUUGCAGACUUCUUCAGGGGUUGUGCCAUCAAGGUCCCAAACCUGGAGCACCCCAAUAAUUUCAAACUUUAAGCCUGUGCUGCAGUUGGUGCAACCUGAACCUCUAGUUCCAUCACAGUUGAAUUAUCAGACUGUCACAGAUCAAAAUGCUCCUGGACCUGCUGGAAGCAAUACGCAUUCAUCACGGAAGUUGCUUAAGCUGUUGCAACAAGUCAAGUCCUAGGUGUUUGUUUGAGGUUUUCUGAUUUAUGCUUGUGUUCUAAAUUAAUAAAUUAUUGUUACUGUA